CGCGCCGUGGGCGCCGGCCUGCUGGUUGGUUUCGGCACCUCCCUUGGCCACGGCUGCACGAGUGGGCAUGGGAUUUGCGGCAACGCGCGCCUGUCGCUCCGUUCCAUGGUCUUCACGGGUAUCUUCAUGGCGGUUGCCAUCGGCAUCGCUGCGGCCUCCAAUCUGUCAAAGGCGCUAGACAUUGCCAAGCGGGGCGUGGUCGUGCGGGGAGCUAUGGACAGGACGGCCGCCGUAACCGCAGCCGUGGUGGCGCCUGGCGGCGCCGCCGUGAUGGCGCUGCUGGCGCUUGCGGGUGCCUGGGUGACUCGCCAAACCAGCAACACCAGCAACAGCAACAGCAACAGCAAGAGUGCCGGCGGCGCAGCGGCACCCAAGAAGCCUUCCCUCGGCGGCGCGCCCGGUCAUGGGGCGGGGCGUGCGGCGUGGAGCGCGUGGGGGCUAGAGGCGGCAGCGGAGCUAAUGGCUGGAGUGCUAUUCGCGUUCGGCCUCGGCGUGUCGUUGAUGACACACCAGACCAAGGUGGCGGGCUUCCUAGGCAUCUACUACUUUCCUGCCUGGGACCUCAGCCUGCCAUUUGUGAUGGGGGCGGCGCUGUUUCUGGCGCUGCCCGCAUACCAAGUCGUUCUGCGCCUCAAGCUGGUUCCCCAUCCAGCGCUCAAGCAGCGGUAUGACAUGCCGACCGCCACAGACAUUGACGGGCGCCUGCUGCUGGGAGGCGUCAUGUUCGGAGCGGGCUGGGGGCUCUCAGGCAUCUGCCCGGGACCGGCGCUGGUGAACCUGGUCAGCCGCGCCUGCACACGGCAGCUGGGUGUGCUGGUGGGGAGCAUGCUCUUCGCGAUGGCGGUCGAGGUGCACGUGCUGGGCUGGGUGGCGCGUGCGGGGCUGCUGCCGCGGUGGCUGCAGUGGCUGGCGGAGCCCACAACCGAGAUGGGCAGCAGCGCGUGCGGCGGGCGUGCCGUCACCAUUCGCAGAGGCGCGGCGCCGUCCGGUCGUUUUGCAUCGCCCCCCGUGCUAGGCGAUGGCGAUGGCGAGGACGUGACGGCGCCGGGGAACGCGGUUGCGCAGCUGAAGGCGGGAGACGUGGGCGAGGACCUGGCGGCGGGCAAGGCGGUGCUGGUGGCGGCGGCGGCAGGCGGUGAUGUGGAGGUGGGCGGCGGCCAGGGUAUUGCGCAUGCCGUGCACCUGGCAGACAGCACCACGAGCAGCAGCUGCAGCGGCGGCUCCAGCCCGUCGGCGCGCCCGACUGCGCAGUCCGGAGGUGCAUUGCCGCCAGCCGUUUGCGGAUAAGGCGCAUGACGCGUUGCCGUGGUGGUUGCAGGGACUCCCUUGAAGAGAGAUGUCUGGGGCGCCGCACCGACACGGCAGCGGCGGUACAAAGUCAAGGCUGGCUACAAGUGCUUUUGUAUAUAGCGUACAUAUGUACAAUGACCACGACCGGACCUAACUAGGCUAGGCACGUCAGGAGUUAACCAAAUAAACAGUAUUUGGCUUGCUGUAUUACUGGCGCCAACGGCCAAGUAGUAGAGAUCAACUCCUGGGCCUGGAGGGUGGUUCUUGGACAGCUUCAUUUCACAGACUGUCACCCCUCGUCAUGUCGUAUCGUGCACGUCGCACAUGCAUUCCAUGGGAACUUCAUGCAGUAAGUUUGCACCGGUCAAGUGGACACUGUCCGGUUGCAUUUGCAUUGCAUUUACUGCCACGUCUCCGCAUGCCGUACAUCUUCCGUGGCCUCUGCCACCCGCUCUGCUUCUGUGUGCUGGGAUGCAGGGUUUGCUGGCGUAGGCUUUUGUAGUCAUGUUCCGGUGGCCUCAGGGGCAGUUUUACUGUACUGCGUUGAGAUGCUGGAGAUGGCUGGAUGUGGGAGGAACCAGGGGUUCCCUGGGAGGGAGGCAGGGACUGGCAGGGAAGAAGGUGAAUGGCGAGGCGGGGUGCGCUGUGCGCAUUGCGCAGGGGCAGCACACCAGCUUGGUUGUAGAAUGCACAGGGCCAUGAAUGCGCAAUGCAUGAGCUGGCGUGAGAUUCUGAGAAUUUCGGGUCUCA